UCCCUGUUCUGGCACGCACGGGAACGCCUGCGCAAAUGCGCGCGGAAGGCAGGGCCUGGCGGGCUUGGGACGUCCAGGUCGCUUGACCUUAGGUUCUACGCGAGCUAAAAGGCAUUGCAGUUCGCUGUCAAGAUGUUGCGCGUGGUGAGCUGGAACGUCAAUGGGAUCCGGAGCCCCCUGCAAGGGGUGGUAUACGAGGAGCCUAGCAACUGUGCCGCCAUGGCUGUGGGGCGCAUUUUGGACAAGCUGGAUGCUGACAUCGUCUGCCUUCAGGAGACCAAAGUGACCCGGGAUGUGCUGACAGAGCCCCUGGCUAUCACUGAGGGUUAUAACUCUUAUUUCAGCUUCAGCCGCAACCGUAGUGGCUAUUCUGGUGUAGCCACCUUCUGUAAGGACAGCACUACCCCAGUAGCUGCUGAAGAAGGCCUGAGUGGUUUACUUGGCACUCAGAAUGGGGACGUGGGUUGCUAUGGAAACAUGGAUGAGUUCACCCAAGAGGAGCUUCGGGCUUUGGAUAGUGAGGGCCGGGCACUCCUCACACAGCACAGGAUCCGCACAUGGGAAGGCAAAGAGAAGACAUUGACCCUAAUCAAUGUGUACUGCCCCCACGCGGGCCCUGAGAAGCCUGAGCGACUGGCUUUUAAGAUGCGCUUCUAUCGUUUGCUGCAGAUUCGAGCAGAAGCCCUCAUGGCGGCUGGCAGCCAUGUGAUCAUUCUGGGUGACCUGAAUACAGCCCACCGCCGCAUUGACCACUGGGAUGCAGCCAAUGUGGAAUGCUUUGAAGAGGACCCAGGGCGCAAGUGGAUGAACAGCUUGCUCAGUAACCUGGGAUGCCAAGAUGUGUCCCAUAGAGGGCCUUUCAUUGAUAGCUACCGCUGCUUCCAACCAAAUCAGGAGGGGGCCUUCACCUGCUGGUCGAUAGUCAGUGGUGCCCGUCAUCUGAACUAUGGCUCCCGGCUUGACUAUGUGCUUGGGGACAGGACCCUGGUUAUAGACACAUUCCAGGCCUCCUUCCUGCUGCCUGAGGUAAUGGGCUCUGAUCAUUGCCCUGUGGGUGCAGUCUUGAGUGUGUCCUCUGUGUCAGCAAAACAGUGCCCACCUUUGUGUACUCGCUUCCUCCCUGAGUUUGCAGGCACCCAACUCAAGAUCCUUCGUUUCCUAGUACAUCUUGAAGAAGAUCCUGUGUUCAAGCAGUCGGCACUGCAUCUCAGUCAUCAAACUCAGGUACAGUUGCACCAAAACAAAGCCCGUGUGCGCUCAGCCAGGCCUCGGCCAAGUCAGACUGGCUCAAGAAGAGGCCAAAAAUACCUGACUAGCUAUUUCCAGCUCUCCAGCCGUCCUCAAGCAUCUCCUGACUUGGACCUUCCUAGCCUUGGCACCCUUGUGACCCCAAAAACCCCACAAAAGGAGGUGAUGGCCAAAGUGGUAGAGGAGCAGGCCAAGGCUUCAGAGGCCAAGGAUGAGAGGGACGUACAGACCUCAUUCUGGAAGUCUGUGCUGGGGGGGCCUUUGCCCAUACCCGUCUGUGGGGGCCACAGAGAGCCAUGUGUGAUGCGAACUGUGAAGAAGCCAGGACCCAACCUGGGCCGCAACUUCUACAUGUGUGCCAGGCCCCAGGGUCCUCCCACUGACCCCUUUUCCCGCUGCAACUUCUUCCUCUGGAGCAGGCCCAAUUGAACCACCCCAGGCCUAGGCAUGGUCAACCCUAUACAUGAUCUGAGACCAGCUCCCACCUAAGUUGCCUCUUCCUCCCUCAAGGCCUCCUUUCUCUCCUCCUCUUGGUCCAGCUUCUUCAAGGACCCUUCCCUUUCCUCUUUAUCUUCCUUCUCUAUGGCCUCUCUUCCUCUCUUCUUCCUGUCUAGCUCCUCCUCACUUGUGGACUUCUUAUGCCUUAAUGCUGUAACCCAGUCCACCCUAUAUCCCACCUUAAAAUCAGAAGUCCACUGAAACCAGUUGCGCCAAGUUGUGAUAAUAAAUCCCUUCCUUCCCUA